GGCCGCCAGCGGGAGGGCUUUCUUCGCGGGGCCGCGGCCGCCUGUCGCCGCCGCGGGCCCGAGCUGGAGCGGCGGGGUGGGCGCCCCGACAUGGCGGCCCGGAGCGCCCCGAACUGCCACCUGCGGCUCGAGUGGGUGUACGGCUACCGGGGCCACCAGUGCCGCAACAACCUCUACUACACGGCGGCCAAGGAGAUCGUGUACUUCGUGGCGGGCGUCGGCGUGGUGUACAGCCCGCGGGAGCAUCGACAGAAGUUCUACCGGGGCCACAGCGACGACAUCAUCAGCCUUGCAUUGCAUCCUGAACGAGUAUUAGUAGCAACAGGACAAGUUGGGAAAGAGCCUUAUAUCUGUGUUUGGGAUUCAUACACUGUGCAGACCAUAUCAGUUCUAAAGGAUGUUCAUACACAUGGUAUAGCCUGUUUAGCAUUCGACUUAGAUGGACAGCGCUUGGUUUCAGUUGGACUUGAUUCAAAGAAUGCAGUUUGUGUUUGGGAUUGGAAGAGGGGAAAAAUGUUAUCUAUGGCUCCUGGUCACACAGAUAGAAUAUUUGAUAUCUCUUGGGAUUUGUACCAGCCAAAUAAACUUGUCAGCUGUGGUGUAAAACAUAUCAAGUUCUGGAGUUUAUGUGGAAAUGCUCUGACCCCAAAACGAGGGGUCUUUGGUAAGACUGGUGACCUUCAAACAAUUUUGUGCCUGGCCUGUGCAAGGGAUGAAUUAACAUAUUCUGGUGCACUUAAUGGGGAUAUAUAUGUUUGGAAAGGAAUCAAUCUUAUAAGGACAAUACAAGGAGCCCAUACUGCAGGAAUUUUUAGUAUGAAUGCUUGUGAAGAAGGCUUUGCUACUGGUGGCAGAGAUGGCUGUAUUCGUCUUUGGGAUUUAACUUUUAAACCGAUUACUGUGAUUGAUCUCAGGGAAACAGACCAGGGAUACAAAGGGUUGUCUGUGAGGAGUGUUUGUUGGCGAGGUGACCAUAUUCUAGUUGGAACACAGGACAGUGAAAUUUUCGAAAUUGUGGUGCAUGAAAGAAAUAAACCUUUCCUAAUUAUGCAAGGACAUUGUGAAGGUGAACUUUGGGCACUUGCUGUCCAUCCUACAAAACCUUUGGCUGUGACUGGAAGUGAUGAUCGUUCAGUCAGGAUAUGGAGCCUAGUAGAUCAUGCACUAAUAGCAAGGUGUAAUAUGGAAGAACCAAUUCGUUGUGCAGCUGUAAAUGUGGAUGGAAUCCAUCUUGCCCUUGGAAUGAAGGAUGGCUCAUUCACUGUACUUAGAGUAAGAGAUAUGACCGAAGUUGUACAUAUUAAAGAUAGGAAGGAGGCAAUUCAUGAGUUAAAAUACUCACCAGAUGGAACUUACCUUGCUGUUGGGUGUAAUGACAGCUCAGUUGAUAUCUAUGGUGUUGCGCAACGUUAUAAAAAAUUGGGGGAAUGUGUUGGAUCACUUAGUUUCAUCACUCAUCUGGACUGGUCCUCAGACAGUAGAUAUUUACAGACAAAUGAUGGAAAUGGGAAAAGACUUUUUUAUAGAAUGCCAGGAGGAAAAGAAGUGACAAACAAAGAAGAAAUAAAAGGUGUUCAUUGGGCUUCAUGGACAUGUGUUUCAGGCCUUGAAGUAAAUGGAAUUUGGCCCAAGUAUUCAGAUAUCAAUGACAUAAAUUCAGUAGAUGGAAAUUAUAUUGGCCAAGUUUUAGUUACAGCUGAUGAUUAUGGAAUUAUAAAAUUAUUCCGAUAUCCUUGUUUGAGAAAAGGGGCCAAGUUUAAAAAAUACAUUGGCCAUUCGGCUCACGUAACUAAUGUCAGAUGGUCACAUGACUAUCAGUGGGUUAUUUCUAUUGGUGGAGCAGAUCACUCUGUCUUUCAGUGGAAAUUUAUUCCUGAAAGAAAACUAAAAGAUGCUCUUCACAUAGCACCCCAAGAAAGUCUGGCUGACUCUAAUAGUGAUGAAUCAGAUUCAGAUCUGUCUGAUGUUCCAGAGCUGGAUUCUGAAAUUGAACAAGAGACCCAGCUUACCUACCGUCGGCAGGUUUACAAAGAAGAUCUACCUCAGCUUAAAGAACAGUACAAGGAGAAACAAAAAAGUGGUACUUCUAAAAGAAGAGAGCGGGCGCCAGGAAAUAGUAUCCGAUUACACUUUGUUCAUGGUUACAGAGGUUAUGACUGUCGAAGCAAUCUGUUUUAUACUCAGAUUGGUGAAAUCGUAUACCAUGUAGCCGCAGUGGGCGUCAUUUACAAUCGGCAGCAGAACACACAGCGCUUUUACCUGGGCCAUGAUGAUGAUAUUCUCUGCCUGGCUCUUCACCCUUUGAAAGACUAUGUGGCAACGGGGCAGGUAGGUAGAGAUCCCUCAAUUCACAUAUGGGAUACAGAGACCAUUAAACCAUUGUCAGUAUUAAAGGGCUGUCACCAAUAUGGUAUCUGUGCUGUUGAUUUCUCAGCUGAUGGGAAACGUUUGGCUUCAGUUGGAAUAGAUGAUAGUCACACUAUUGUGCUGUGGGACUGGAAGAAAGGAGAGAAACUUUCAAUAACAAGAGGAAGUAAAGAUAAGAUUUUUGUUGUAAAGAUGAACCCCUACGUGCCUGAUAAAUUAAUUACAGCUGGAAUUAAACACGUGAAAUUUUGGCGUAGAGCAGGAGGAGGACUGAUUGGAAGAAAAGGCUAUGUAGGCACACUGGGGAAAAAUGACACGAUGAUGUGUGCAGUGUAUGGAUGGACGGAAGAGAUGGCUUUUUCUGGAACAUCCACAGGAGACGUGUGUAUCUGGAGAGACGUCUUUCUUGUGAAAACAGUUAAAGCACAUGAUGGGCCAGUGUUUAGUAUGCAUGCAUUGGAAAAAGGAUUUGUAACUGGAGGAAAAGAUGGUGUAGUAGCUCUUUGGGAUGACUCCUUUGAAAGAUGUCUCAAGACCUAUGCUAUCAAAAGAGCUGCUUUGGCACCAGGAUCUAAAGGUCUUCUCUUGGAAGAUAACCCAUCUAUACGUGCCAUAUCAUUAGGACAUGGUCAUAUUUUAGUUGGCACAAAGAAUGGUGAAAUACUAGAAGUGGAUAAAAGUGGCCCAAUAACACUUCUGGUCCAGGGACACAUGGAAGGAGAGGUGUGGGGUUUGGCUACACAUCCUUAUCUGCCCAUCUGUGCUACUGUAAGUGAUGAUAAAACCUUAAGAAUAUGGGAUCUCUCUCCUAGUCAUUGUAUGUUGGCUGUCCGGAAACUGAAAAAGGGUGGAAGAUGUUGCUGUUUUUCUCCUGAUGGUAAAGCUUUGGCUGUAGGUCUGAAUGAUGGAAGUUUCUUAAUGGCAAAUGCAGAUACUCUAGAGGAUCUUGUGUCUUUUCACCACAGAAAAGAUAUUAUUUCAGAUAUUCGAUUUUCACCAGGUUCUGGGAAAUAUCUUGCAGUAGCAUCCCAUGACAGUUUUAUAGAUAUAUACAAUGUGAUGAGUAGUAAACGAGUAGGAAUAUGCAAAGGCGCUACGAGUUACAUAACCCAUGUUGAUUGGGAUAUUAGAGGAAAGCUUUUACAGGUCAACACUGGUGCUAAAGAACAGUUAUUCUUUGAAGCUCCCAGAGGGAAAAAACAAACCAUCCCCAGUGUGGAGGUAGAAAAAAUUUGUUGGGCAUCAUGGACAAGUGUGCUUGGUUUAUGCUGUGAGGGAAUUUGGCCAGUAAUUGGAGAAGUCACAGACAUAACUGCCUCUUGCCUCACCAGUGACAAAAUGGUCCUAGCUACUGGGGAUGAUCUGGGAUUUGUGAAGUUAUUUAGAUAUCCUGCUAAAGGAAAAUUUGGAAAAUUUAAGAGGUAUGUGGCCCAUAGUACACAUGUCACAAAUGUUCGCUGGACUUAUGAUGAUAGCAUGUUGGUCACCUUAGGAGGUGCAGAUAUGUCUUUAAUGGUUUGGACAAAUGAAAUGGAGGGCUAUCAAGAAAAAAGGCCUUGUGAUAGUGAGGAAUCUGAUACAGAUUCGGAAGAAGAUGGGGGCUAUGACAGUGACGUUACAAGGGAGAAUGAAAUCAGUUACACCAUUAGAGCCUUAUCAACAAAUAUUCGCCCAAUGUUUGGAGUCAAGCCUCAUUUGCAGCAAAAAGAACCCUCAGUUGAUGAGAGGCAGGGGGUAGUAAGAGGUUCCAGGCCCCCCGUGAGCAGAGCCCCACCUAGGCCAGAAAAACUCCAGACAAACAAUGUUGGCAAGAAAAAGAAACCAAUAGAGGACCUUGUGUUGGAGCUUGUUUUUGGCUAUCGAGGAAGAGACUGUAGGAAUAAUGUUCACUAUCUAAAUGACGGUGAUGAUAUAAUUUAUCACACUGCAUCCGUUGGAAUUCUGCACAAUGUAGCUACAGGGACUCAGAGUUUUUAUCAGGAACAUAAUGAUGAUAUACUGUGCCUCACUGUAAAUCAGCAUCCCAAAUUUAUCAACAUAGUGGCAACUGGCCAAGUAGGUGAUUUAGCAGACAUGUCAGCUACAGCUCCUUCCAUCCACAUCUGGGAUGCAGUGAACAAGCAGACUUUAUCUAUACUGAGAUGCUACCAUUCAAAGGGGGUGUGUUCAGUCAGCUUCAGUGCUACUGGAAAGCUAUUGCUGUCUGUGGGGCUGGACCCAGAACACACAGUUACUAUCUGGAGAUGGCAGGAAGGUACCAAAAUUGCCAGCAGAGCUGGUCACAACCAACGUAUUUUUGUGGCUGAAUUCCGACCAGAUUCAGAUUCCCAGUUUGUCUCUGUGGGAGUCAAACACGUGAAGUUCUGGACACUGGCAGGAAGGGCUCUUCUUAGCAAAAAAGGGCUCCUGAGCACAGUGGAAGAUGCCCGGAUGCAGACCAUGCUUGCUGUUGCAUUUGGUGCAAAUAACUUGACGUUUACAGGUACUAUCAGUGGAGAUGUCUGUGUGUGGAAAGAUCACAUUUUGUGUAGAAUCGUGGCCAGAGCUCACAACGGGCCUGUGUUUGCCAUGUACACCACGCUGCGGGACGGCCUUAUUGUGACCGGCGGCAAGGAAAGGCCGUCGAAAGAAGGCGGCGCAGUCAAACUGUGGGAUCAGGAGCUGAGGCGAUGCCGCGCCUUCAGGCUCGAGACCGGACAAGUCACGGACUGUGUUCGUUCUGUGUGCAGAGGCAAAGGCAAGAUCCUAGUUGGGACAAGAAACGCAGAGAUCAUCGAAGUUGGAGAGAAAAAUGCAGCAUGUAAUAUUCUAGUUAAUGGCCAUGUGGACGGACCCAUAUGGGGACUGGUGACACAUCCUUCCCGGGAUUUUUUCCUUUCUGCUGCGGAAGAUGGGACAGUGAGACUCUGGGAUAUUGCUGAUAAAAAGAUGUUAAACAAAGUGAAUUUGGGACAUGCUGCCCGUACCGUGUGUUACAGCCCUGAAGGGGAUAUGGUGGCUAUUGGAAUGAAAAAUGGAGAAUUUAUUAUUUUACUGGUGAGCUCCCUAAAAAUAUGGGGAAAGAAGAGAGACAGACGAUGUGCAGUCCAUGAUAUCAGAUUUAGUCCAGAUUCCCGGUUUCUGGCAGUGGGCUCUAGUGAGAACUCCGUGGAUUUUUAUGACCUAACACUGGGUCCCACCCUUACCAGAAUCAGCUACUGCAGGGACAUUCCCAGCUUUGUCAUUCAAAUGGACUUCUCUGCAGAUAGCAGGUAUCUCCAGGUCUCCACUGGUUGCUAUAAACGACAUGUUUAUGAAGUGCCUUCAGGAAAACCUGUUACGGAUCAGGCCACCAUGGAUAGGAUCACUUGGGCUACGUGGACUAGUAUUCUAGGGGAUGAAGUUAUGGGAAUCUGGUCCAGACACACUGAGAAAGCCAAUGUCAACUGUGCCUGCGUAUCUCAUUCAGGAAUCAGCCUUGUAACAGGAGAUGACUUUGGCAUGGUUAAGUUAUUUGACUUCCCGUGUCCUGAAAAAUUUGCAAAGCACAAAAGGUUCUUCGGUCAUUCACCUCAUGUGACAAAUAUUCGAUUUACCAGCGGUGAUCGACAUGUUGUUAGUGCUGGAGGUGACGACUGCAGUUUAUUUGUCUGGAAAUGUGUACAUAUGCCUCACUGAAAGAUAUGGAUGCCGAGAAGACUCUAUAUAAAUUAACAGCCUUGAGAGACCAGAAUUACAGAAGAGAAAAAACAAAAAAAAAAAACAAAACAAAAACAGAACCAAACCUUGCAUGGGCAAGUGGUGCUAAUUUAGGAUUGUAACAGGGAUAAAUGCCCAGAGUCAUCCAAACAGAAGACCGAUAAAUUCAAAAUAUUUGCUGUAUGCACUGGAUAACUGUCCAUAAUCCAUACACUGCCAGACAAUUACUUUACGAAAGGACUGAAUAAAGACUUGGUGAAAGGCAGCCCCCCAUUCUGGGGGAGUGUGCAAACUUGGCAGACCUGCUAGGGAGGCUUAGGGGACAGCACCUUUCAGAAAACAAAACCUUAAAAACCCAAGUUACUUAAUUUUCAUCCUCUCUUUAGCAAAACUGUUUUUCUUUUUUAGGAUUUACAUUUUAUUUUCAAGGUUCAUUAUUUAAUGACUUAUUUUAUCCUUGUGUUUACAUAAGGAAAGGAAACACACCAUCACCCUAAAGGAUCACAGUUUUUAAACGGCAAACAUUAUUUUCCCUAAUGAAACACACACAAGCUUUACUGGAGAAGAUAAUGCUACUUAAGCAUCGAUAAACCUCUUUUUUAAUAAAUGACAUAUUUUUCCCUGGCAGUUUCACAUUCAGGAACAAAUCCCAAGUUAAUAGUAUAUGAUAACUACAUUUUCAUUUUUGAGCUGUUGAUCCUUUUCAGAAGUCAUCUCUAUAACUGAAAAAUUAAAACAUGAUUAUAGCCUCAUGAUUGAAAAAGUAGUAUGACGAAGAGUCCUUUCCAGUGGUGUACAGGUUCAAGUUUUAGACAGCAAUAGUAUUUAACCGGGAGAGCAUACUGAAUAUUUAAAGAUGUAGUGUAAUAGAAACACUUGUUUAACAUGUAGACUGAAGUGUUCAAGGUCACAUUUACAAAGCUAAAUAAUUCAGUAGCUCUUGAAAUAAAAUUUUUAUAGCUUUUUUUUCUACUGGAAAAGUUAUUCAUUAGAUGUAUGCCACCCCAUUAGGCUGACUUCCAAAAGGAAUGAAUACAGGUCCACUUGUAAAACGUGUCCAUUAAAGUUCCUUUUUGGUGGAUUAGGGCUUAACUCUUAGAUAUUUAUCCCUAUUCACUUUAAUGCUGCCAAAGAUCAGUACCUGCCGUCAGGAAUUUGCUGUUUAGCCUGUCCGUAGUUUCCUAAAGAUGGGAGAUUAUGUAGAUUACUACUUAAAAAUCUAUUUUUCUAAGUGUGAAAAAAUUUAAGAUGCUCUACUGGUCGUAUGAAUUUUUAUUUCAACGUGUUAAUUAGCU